GCUGUGACGUUGUGGGCGGGGCCUUCCGGGUCGCCUCUCCCUUGAGUUUUUAGCCCCGCCCCUGUCCCGUUCCCUGCCCUGUUGCUGUUGCGCCGCCGCUGGCUGCUGCCCCCGGACCUCCGCUAUGGAGAAGUCAGUGGAAGACCCCCCCACGUCUGCCAUCUUGCUGGAUCACUGUCACUUCUCUCAGGUCGUCUUUAACAGUGUGGAGAAAUUCUACGUCCCCGGAGGGGACAUCACGUGCUAUUACACCUUCACCCAGCACUUCGUCCCCCGGCGUAAGGACUGGAUUGGCAUCUUCAGAGUGGGGUGGAAGACAACCCGUGAGUAUUACACCUUCAUGUGGGUCACUUUGCCCGCUGACCUAAACAAGGAAUCGGCCAAACAGCAGGAAGUCCAGUUCAAAGCUUAUUACCUGCCCAAGGAUGAUGAGUAUUACCAGUUCUGCUACGUGGACCAGGAUGGUGUAGUCCGGGGAGCAAGUAUUCCCUUCCAAUUCCGUCCAGAAAAUGAGGAAGAUAUCCUGGUUGUUACCACUCAGGGCCAGGUGGAAGAGAUUGAGCAGCACAAUAAGGAGCUUUACCGAGAAAACCAGGAGCUGAAGGACAGCUGUGUCAGCCUCCAGACGCAGAACGCAGACAUGCAGGCCGAGCUACAGAGGAAGCAGGAAGAACUGGAAACCCUACAGAGCAUCAAUAAGAAGUUGGAACAGGAAGCCAAAGAGCAGAAGGACCGUUGGGAGACAGAGCUGCUGCAACUGAAAGAGCACAAUGAGAAGAUGUCCUCAGAGAAUGAGAAGAUGGGCAUCAGAGUGGAUCAGCUUCAGGUCCAGCUGUCAACUCAAGAGAAAGAAAUGGAGAAGCUUGUUCAGGGAGAUCAAGACAAGACAGAGCUGUUGGAACAGAUGAAAAAGGAAAAUGGCCAACUCUUCCUCAGUUUAACUGAACAGAGGGAGCAGCAGAAGAGGCUCAAGCACACUGUGGAGGAGAUGAAGGAGAAAGAAUCCCAAGCAGCAAAGAAGCAAGAGGAGUUAACGGAGCCUAGGAACAAGAAAACAACAGUGGAGGAGCAGUUAGUGCAAGAGGUGGAACGCCUAAAGGCAAAGGUAGAGGCCGGGAAAGCCUGUUUCUUAGAGAAGUACAAAGAGUGCCAACGACUCCACAAACAGAUCAGGCAACUCAGGGCUGCCGCACUGGAAGAGAACUUUGACCUCUCAAGAAGACUGAGUGAUAACAAGAUUAUGCUCGAGGCUCUGCUGAGAGAGAAGGAGAACCUGGAAAGAGAAAAUGAGCUCUUGAAGAAGGAUAAUAGCAGAUUGCUGAGCUACAUGGGUCUGGAUGUUGACUCUUUGCCGUAUCCAAUGCCGACUUCAAAUCACGGAGGUGCAGGACAAAACCCAGGACUGGUCUAUGGAAACCCAUAUUCUGGUAUCCAAGAAAGUUCCUCCUCUGGCCUGUUCUCCGUCAAGAAGUGCCCCACCUGCAAAUCAGACUUUGCUGACGACAUGUGUGAGCAGCAGCACGUCUGUCUCAGUUGUCCAAUUUGUCACAAGAUCUUCCCAGCAAGAGAGAAGCAGAUCUACGAAGACCACGUGUUAUGCCACUCGCUCUAAGUGUCCCAGCCUCGUGGAUCGAUGCUCUACUUAGAUAAUUUAUAGAGUAGAGAGAGCAUCUACUAGGGGUCCUAUGAGUCAAGAUCCCGCCUCACCUGAAGCGGUCAGGGAGUCCCUCAGCCUGCUGCCCCGAGCGCUGGGGUCGCGUCCACUAUCUGAGGAUGGCGUUAGGGGCUUCUGCGUCCCCCCUCGCAGGUUACCCCCUGUAAGUCACAUAACUCCAGCUGUGUCGGCCUCUCACCCGUAACGCCCAUUCUUCCGAGGUCUCAGGACAAGGGCCCUGGGGUAGAGCUCGCCUGCUCUUCACAGCAGUCUUUACCUGAUAGGAAGUGAUUACUUUCCCAAGCCGUCCUGCUGUCAUGCGAGGUCAGGCCUUGAGUGUGUGUGUACUCAGUCCUAACCCUGGGCCUCUGUCUCUGCUUGAUUGCGUCAGACCAGACAAACAUGACGCGGGAGAACGUGGCUGCCCAACCUGGAUACCAAAGGUUCCCCAUCCGCAUUACUCAGCUCCCUGAAGAAGUUUAUUCCUGCACAGUGGACAAGAAAUACCAUUUCAGUCACAGGAAGCCUCCUUUCUAGAUACCUCUGACAUUUUCUAACCUGGUCUUUUCUAUGCAUAACACGUAGCUUUUUUUGUUGUACAUCCUUUUUUAAUGGUUAGUUGGAGUUAGAAAAUAUAUGGCCUUAUUACUUUUUGAGCAGGUGAGUUUGAAGAUGGAUGUUAGAAUAAUGAGACAACCAUUGUUAAUAUCCUAUACUAAAAAUAAAUUGCUCUUCUAUUUCAGGGAUUUAAGCAACUUAAA